AUGUCCGCGCUCCCCGCCGGUGCCGACAUCAAGCGGGCUCUGGAGAACAGCCCCGAGACCAACAUCGAGGAUGAGCUGCCCGACGGGCCGCCGCAGCCGCGGCCCAAGAACUACCUGCUCCUCAGCAUCCUCUCCUGCUUCUGUCCCGCCUAUCCCGUCAACAUCGUCGCCUUCGUCUUCGCCGUCAUGGCUUUAAACAGUUAUAAUCAAGGAGAUAUAGAAGGGUCAAAAAGACUGGGUCGCAAUGCACUCUGGGUUGCUGUUGCAUCAAUUAUCAUUGGCCUUGUCAUCAUUGGAAUCUAUUGCGUAGUUCAUUUCACAACGCAUGCUAUCUGAAGACCAGGACUGCAUUUGGAGGAUAUCAUCAUGUAAAUCUCAGGAGGGGAAAAAGAAGAAGAGAAGGAAACCCUUCAUUCCAGACUGUUAGAUUUGACCCUGCAAGUCUGCAGAGGCAUGUUGCUGGUGGAUGAACUGAUAGUCCAGUUAGUUAAUCAGCAUGACGUGACCAGGUUUUCAAAAUCAUCUGUUUAUAAGCAAUCUCAGUAUAAAGCAGCAUUUUCUCUUUUACCCUAAUGUAUAAUGAAAUCUCACCCUAACAACUUCCUUUUCUUUUUCAUUUACAUGAAGUGUGUGCUGGACCCAUGAUGUUCCCUGGCUGGCCCUAGCCAGACAAACCCAACAUACCUAGACUGUUGAUAGUGCACAAUGUAAGAUCUGAUGCACAGCCCGCUGAAGCUAGUAGAAGAACUGCUGUUGCCUCCAGUGGGUUUUGGAUCAGGCCAUUAAGCAUUUUUUUAUUACUUUA